GAUUCCACGUUUUCUUCAAACAUAAACAAUCAUUUUGUUGCUGUUUUUGUUUCAUGGUUUUGAUUAAUUUGUGUAAUUGUUGUUAAUUGUUUUAAAAUGGUGAAUAAUUUUAAAAAGAUUGGAGGUAAAAGAGAUGCCGGUAUUGAGGAGAGACCAAAGAAACGUAUGAAACCAAGGAAAAAGGAGAAAGAGAAAAAAUUAAAUGACCAAAAGAUUGAAAAUUCUGGUGGUGGACAGAAAAGUCUAAGUAAAGCUUUUGCCAUUAAAUCAGCGAAAAAAGCUGAAAGAAGAUUUCGACAUAAAGAAGAUUUUCUUGAGAAAAAGAAACAUAUUCCACUGGUGGAAAGGACACCCGUUGAACCUCCUCCAAUUGUUGUCAGUUUAAUUGGAUCUCAUGGUGUUGGUAAAACAACUUUAAUUAGAAAUCUGGUCAAACAUAUUACCAAUAGGACUGUUAAAGAUAUUCAUGGACCAAUAACUGUUGUCUCAAAGAAAAGGAGAAUCACCUUUAUCGAAUGUAACAAUGAUAUUAACAGUAUGAUUGACACUGUAAAGAUUAGUGAUAUUUCACUUCUUCUCAUUGAUGCCAGUUUUGGUUUCGAGAUUGAAACCUUUGAAUAUUUAAACAUUUGCUCUGUCCAUGGGUUUCCUCGGAUAAUGGGAGUGCUCACCCAUUUGGAUAAAUUUAAAAACAGCAAGAAACUUAAAACUGUAAAGAAAAAUUUGAAACAUCGAUUCUGGACUGAAGUCUAUGCUGGAGCUAAAUUGUUUUACCUGAGUGGACUGGUUCGAGGAGAUUACCUAAAGAAUGAGGUUAAAAAUUUACAUCGUUUCAUUUCAAUCAUGAAGUUCCGUCCAUUACAAUGGAGAGCAACUCAUCCUUAUGUUUUGGUUGAUCGAUUUGAGGAUAAUACCAAGAAAGAGCAAGUUGAAGCUGAUAUUAAAUGUGAUCGAAAUGUAACUUUCUAUGGGUUUGCUCGUGGCAGUUUCUUCAAGAACAAUCAGCAAGUUCACAUUCCAGGUUGUGGCGAUUUUCAAGCUCGAAAUAUAACCUUCUUACCUGAUCCAUGUCCACUUCCGGAUAAAGUGAAGCAAACAAAACGACGAUCAGUUAACCAAAAAGAUAAACUAAUUUACGCUCCAUUUUCUGGAGUUGGUGGUGUUCUUUAUGAUAAAGAUGCGAUUUAUGUUGAUAUGGAUCCAAGUUUUGUGAAGAAAGACAAUGAAGAUAAGACAAGUGGAGAAAGUGUUAACAAUUUAGUUAAAUCAAUUAUCAAAACUGCAGUUCCACUUGAUCAAGUAGUUGCCAAUCAGCAAUUUGAACUAUUUUCAUCUAAAAAAUCAACCAAAUCGGGUGAAGGGUCAUCAUCUGAUUUCCAAUCUGAUUCGGAAGAAUCUGAUAAACAAAUUAAAGGAAAAAUCGACAGUGAUUCAGAUUUAGACGAUGGUCAUGAAGAAAAUUCAUCGGAUGAUGAUGAUGGUAAAGAAUAUUUAUCAGAGGAUGACGAUGACGAUGACGAUGACGAUGACGACGAUGAUGAAGAUGAAGAUGAAGAGGAGGAAAGUGAAGAUGACGAAGAUGAUGUAAGUGGUGAUGAUGAACAAUCAAAAUCCAAAAGACGAGUUAGAUUUGGAUUAAAUGAUCUGAAAGAUGACAAAGAGAAAUUGGUAUUCGAUGAUGAUUCUGAAGAUGAUGAGGAAAAUCUGAUGGCAUUGAGUUCAUCAAAAUGGAAAGAAAAUUUAUCCGCUAGAGCAGCUUUAUCAUUCUAUCUUCGUCAAAAUGCAACUAAAGAUAUUCAAAGUUUGGUCUAUGGAGAUUCUUUCGAUCUAAAAGAUGACACUUAUGUCGAAGAGAGAACUGAUUUCGGUGGUGGUCUCCUUAAAGCUAUUCGUCGUCGACAUGAAGACUUAACCAGUAUGGAAUAUACUCUCAACUCAAUCGAAUGUACCAGAUUUCCGUCAACAAUGUUACAAGAUUGGUCGAACGAGGAAACAUUAGACUCGAUCAAAGAUUGUUUUGUAACUGGAAAAUGGGAAAGUUCUGAAGACGCUAAAACUUUAUUAGGAGAGAAUGACGAUGAUGAACUUUAUGGAGAUUUUGAAGAUCUUGAAGGAAAAGAAGAUGAUAAUGAUGACGAUGGAUAUUUUGGUGACUCUGGACCAGGUGAUUUCGACGAUGUUGAUGAUAUUGGCCCCGAAAAGGUUGAGAAAACGGAAGAAGAACGCGAUGAAGAGAGAAGAAGACUCAAAGAGAGAAAAAGAAAAUUCGAUGAAAAGUACGACCAAGGUGCUCUAGAUAAAGACGAAGGAGGCGAAGGUGAAAGUGGAGAAAAAACUUUCUAUGAUGAAUGGAAAGAAGAAUUAGACCAUCAAGCUAAGCUCAACAAAUCAGAAUUUGAAGAUUUGGACGACGAACUGAGAGUCCAAUUUGAAGGAUUUCGAGCUGGAAUGUAUCUUAGAAUAGAUAUUGAAAAUGUACCUUACGAGUUGGUAGAAAAUUUCGAUCCAGCUUAUCCAAUUGUUCUUGGUGGUUUACUGAGUGGUGAAAGUAAUAUUGGUUAUGUUCAAGCUCGUUUCAAGAAACACCGAUGGUACAAUAAGAUUCUGAAAGCUCGUGAUCCUCUCAUCCUUUCAGUGGGCUGGAGACGAUUCCAAACUUUACCUGUAUUUGCAAUCCAAGAUCAUAAUAUGAGAAAUAGAGCUUUAAAAUAUACUCCUCAGCAUCUUCACUGUCAUGUUACCUUUUGGGGACCUUUGACAUCCCAAGGAACUGGUAUAUUGGCCUUACAGAGUCUCGAUGAAACUUUACCCGAUUUCAGAAUAGCAGGAACAGGAGUUAUCACCAAUUUAGAUAAAUCAACAACGAUAAUGAAAAAAUUGAAACUCGUCGGUUAUCCUAUGAAGAUAUUCAAGAAAACUGCCUUCAUCAAAGGCAUGUUCAACUCGUCAUUAGAAGUGACCAAGUUUGAAGGAGGUGCCAUCCGAACGGUCAGUGGUAUUCGAGGUCAAGUUAAAAAAGCAAUCAAAGCACCACCAGGAGCAUUCAGAGCUACAUUUGAAGAUAAACUUCUUAAAUCUGAUAUUGUUUUCAUGCGAACAUGGGUCACUGUCGAAGUGCCUAAACUGUACACUCCAGUACCUAAUCUAUUGUUAACCACAAGUGAACGUAAAAAAUGGCAAGGGAUGAAAACGGUUGGUCAACUUAGAUAUGAAAGAGGAAUCCAAUUGAAACAAAAUCCCGAUAGUUUAUACAUCAAAGGUGAAAGGAAACGUUUCGAGCCAAAACCAUUUACAAUAUCGAGAGCUCUAGAGAAAGAGUUACCUUAUAAAACUCGUAUGAAGUAUAUACCCAAGAAGGAAAAGACCGUCGCUAAUUUACCAGUUAUGCAAGAACCUGGGGAAGCUCAAAUAUCGAAACUGGUCAAGAUGAUUAGGUCAGUUCACAAGGCCAAGAAAAAGACGGAAGCAGUCGCUCGAAAAGCUCGUGUUACCAAACACAAGAAUUUAUUAUCUAAAAUUGAAGAAAGGAGAUUCGUUAAGCAGAAAGAAGUUAAAAAACAAGUUCUAAAAUCAUUAAGUCGAUCGGCGAAAAAAGGUCAAAAUGUAACUUAAAAUUGUGAUAAUAUUCUGGAAAUUCAAUAAUAUCCCAAAUUCAUCUAAAAUUGUAAUCAACUAAUCAUUUUACUAUUUAACUUGGCGCAAUUAAUCUUGUCAAUUUUCCCUAAAUCAUAAACAACACUUUUCUUUGAUCAUUGAAGGAAAAAAAAAACUUAUUUUGAUAUUCAAUUACAACUUUAACCAUUGAAAAUAUUGAUUGAAAAGUUUUUCUGUAAUUUAAAAA